AAAACAAGGCUUUGUCCCGAACAAAGAUGGCGGCCGCCGGGGUCGGUAGGAGGGCUGCCCUGAAGAAAGAUGGCCUCCGCCGCAGGAGGAACCGGAAGCGCGGGUCUGGCGGCGGCACUAGUGCGCGGUUAGCGCCAGAACGCGCAGGGCGGCGCGGGUCCGGGUAUGAAGCUGGGCCGGGCCGCGCUGGGCCUGCUGCUGCUGGCGCCGUCCGUGGUGCAGGCGGUGGAGCCCAUCAGCCUGGGACUGGCCCUGGCCGGCGUCCUCACCGGCUACAUCUACCCGCGUCUCUACUGCCUCUUCGCCGAGUGCUGCGGCCAGAAGCGGAGCCUCAGCCGGGAGGCGCUGCAGAAGGAUCUGGACAACAAGCUCUUUGGACAGCAUCUUGCAAAGAAAAUCAUCUUAAAUGCUGUAUUUGGUUUCAUAAACAACCCAAAGCCCAAGAAACCUCUCACCCUUUCCCUGCAUGGGUGGACGGGCACCGGCAAAAAUUUCGUCAGCAAGAUCAUCGCGGAGAAUAUUUACGAGGGUGGUCUCAACAGUGACUAUGUCCACCUGUUUGUGGCCACACUGCACUUUCCACAUGCCUCAAACAUCACCUUGUACAAGGACCAGUUACAGUUGUGGAUUCGAGGCAACGUGAGCGCCUGUGCGAGGUCCAUCUUCAUAUUCGAUGAAAUGGAUAAGAUGCAUGCAGGUCUCAUAGAUGCCAUCAAGCCUUUCCUUGACUACUACGACCUGGUAGAUGGAGUCUCCUACCAGAAAGCCAUCUUCAUAUUUCUCAGCAAUGCUGGAGCAGAAAGGAUCACAGAUGUGGCUUUAGAUUUCUGGAGGAGUGGAAAGCAGAGGGAAGACAUCAAGCUCAAAGACAUUGAACACGCCUUGUCUGUGUCGGUUUUCAAUAACAAAAACAGUGGCUUCUGGCACAGCAGCUUAAUUGACCGGAACCUCAUCGAUUAUUUUGUUCCCUUCCUCCCCCUGGAAUACAAACACCUAAAAAUGUGUAUCAGAGUCGAAAUGCAGUCCCGAGGCUAUGACAUUGAUGAAGACAUUGUAAGCAGAGUGGCUGAGGAGAUGACAUUUUUCCCCAAAGAGGAGAGAGUUUUCUCGGAUAAAGGCUGCAAAACUGUGUUCACCAAGUUAGAUUAUUACUACGAUGAUUGACAGCCAUGAAUGACAGCGAGAGUCACUGCCUGGAGUUGGAGAGGAACCUCCACACUCAGUCCUUCCAGUGCCUCUGCCCCCUGCUCCUUUCCCUGAGGAGGACUCAAGUGAAUGUUUCCUGUUUGAUGUGACAGGAAUUCUCCAGACAUGGUUUCCAUCCCUGGUGCCUGCAGGCCACCUUGGGACCAUGGGCGAAGACAGGCGGCCUCCCGAGCCCUCAGAGAAGGAAGGCGCCAGCUCCCAGCACACUCAUCGCAGGGCUCAUGAUUUUUUAAAAAUUAUGUUUUAAUUCCAAGUGUUUCUGUUUCAAGGAAGGAUGAGUAAGUUUUACUGAAAAUGUGAUAACUUUAUUUAAAAUGGUUUUUAACAUUGUGAGAGACUGCUCAGAUUCUGAGUUGU